CAGAUUCAUCAAUAUUCAGUACCCGUUCUCUGCACCUUUUGUACAAAGCUUUUCAUUUGGUUUUAAGUUAAUUGCAACUACCAUUCUACCAUGGCUGCUUCGACAAUGGCUCUCUCUUCACCAUCAGUGGCCGGGAAGGCAAUCAAGCUUUCCCCCUCCACCCAGGAUAGUGGAAGGAUCACCAUGAGGAAAACAGGCGCCAAAUCCAAACCUGUUUCUUCUGGAAGCCCAUGGUACGGUCCAGACCGUGUCAAGUACUUGGGCCCAUUCUCUGGUGAGUCUCCAUCCUACCUUACUGGUGAGUUCCCAGGUGACUAUGGCUGGGACACUGCUGGGCUUUCUGCUGACCCAGAGACAUUUGCCAAGAACCGUGAACUUGAGGUCAUCCACAGUAGAUGGGCCAUGUUGGGAGCCUUGGGCUGUGUUUUCCCUGAGCUCUUGGCCCGUAACGGUGUCAAAUUCGGUGAGGCUGUGUGGUUCAAGGUCGGGUCUCAAAUAUUCAGCGAGGGCGGACUUGACUACUUGGGCAACCCAAGUCUAGUCCAUGCACAAAGCAUUCUCGCAAUCUGGGCCACCCAAGUUAUCUUGAUGGGUGCUGUUGAAGGUUACCGUAUUGCAGGUGGGCCACUUGGUGAGGUGACUGACCCACUCUACCCAGGAGGAAGCUUUGAUCCAUUGGGCCUUGCUGAUGACCCAGAGGCUUUUGCAGAGUUGAAGGUGAAAGAGCUCAAGAAUGGUAGAUUAGCGAUGUUCUCUAUGUUUGGAUUCUUUGUUCAAGCUAUUGUAACCGGAAAGGGGCCUUUAGAGAACCUUGCUGACCACCUUGUUGACCCAGUCAACAACAAUGCUUGGGCCUAUGCCACCAACUUUGUCCCUGUAAAGUGAGAAAUAUACACCAAAACAAAUUUCAUUUAUUGACCAAAAAAAAAAAAUUUCAUUUCUCAUUUGGUAAAACAUGUUGGAUUGAGCUUUUGCAAAGAAUGUGAAUUAUGAAUAUUUGUUUGGUCUA